ACCUUCCAACUAUUUUUUCCUGGAAUGUGUCAACUGCAUACCAUUUAGUGCUCGGCAAUGUUUCAAUGAAGGUUUUUGUUCAUUCAAUUUCGUUAUAUGAAGUUGCUCUUGGCAUUACUCAUAACGAUAGGGCUCUGAUUGGAGCGCAUUUCUUCCGUUAGAAUUCGGCUUUUAUUUAUUAAAUGAUUUUAUUUGAUUGCUCUCAGAUAUAUUUUGUUUAUGACUUUUGUUCGUGUUAUUAACAGGUAAUUUAUGUUUUUUGAGGAAGCUAUAGUGUCAGUUGUCAUCAUGAUGAAAGAAUCUCUGGUUCGAGAGGUGUUAAUAAAUGUCAGGCGGUAGUGCAAUGCCUGCUUUGCCCGAAGCUGAUGGGCUGGUGGGAAGCAAGAUGUAGUGUUAUAUGUUAUUUUGAGGUUGUCAUGACAUAAUUUCCAAUUUUCGUGGCCCAUGUUGUCGUAAUGAGCGCUUCCACACAUUACGUUCCGCAUGCGCUUCCCGUGUUGGGUGUAAAAUAAAAUAAGGCCUAAUGAGAUUGUAGGUUAGAGGUUGUGUAUUGUUUGUAGAGCUGUUAGACGGAGGCAGCAAAAUGAAGUUUACUGAACAUUUGAGUGCUCAUAUUACUCCCGAGUGGAGAAAACAGUAUAUUAAUUACGAGGAAAUGAAAGCAAUGCUUUAUGCUGCUGUGGAGCAAGCACCUUCAGCAGAACUUGUUGAACCGGAGGUGUUAUCUCGCUAUUUCGCAAAAUUUGAUGAACAAUUUUUCCACUACUGUGAUAAAGAAUUAGCGAAGAUAAACACUUUUUAUUCCGAAAAAUUAGCAGAAGCUACAAGAAAAUAUGCUAAUUUGCGAAGUGAACUUAGUGAGGCGCAGGAAGAUGAAUUUCAUGGUAAACAGAGUUUCUUGCGGCGUGGACCAAAUAUCCUUCGCAAAAGAAAUGUUCCUGCUCGAAAGACUCAGGAACUUAAACUUGCAUUCAGUGAGUUUUACCUGAGUCUUAUUUUAUUGCAAAACUACCAGAAUCUAAAUUUCACUGGUUUCCGCAAGAUUUUAAAGAAACAUGACAAGCUUCUGUCUGUUGAUGUUGGUGCUAAAUGGCGUGCAGAAAAUGUGGAAACUUCCCAUUUUUAUACAAACAAGGAUAUUGAUCGCCUUAUACGGGAGACAGAAGCAGUUGUUACACAGGAUCUUGAGGGAGGUGAUAGGCAGAGAGCUAUGAAAAGGCUCAGAGUUCCUCCUCUUGGGGAGCAACAGAGCCCUUGGACAACAUUUAAAGUAGGGCUUUUCUCAGGCUCGUUCAUGAUACUUCUCAUUGCUGUUAUACUUUCAGGUAUCUUUCACAAACCGAGGGAUGACUGGCGCAUUGUAUGUCGACUUUAUCGGGGUCCAUUUUUAAUUGUUGAAUUUCUUUUCUUGAUGGGCGUGAAUGUAUAUGGUUGGAGAUCAUCUGGUGUAAACCAUGUGCUGAUUUUUGAAUUGGAUCCAAGAAAUCACUUGUCAGAACAGCAUAUUAUGGAAAUGGCAGCAAUAUUUGGAGUUGUUUGGACACUGAGUGUACUGAGUUUCUUGUACAGCUCUGCUCUUGGCAUUCCACCAUAUGCUUGCCCACUCAUGCUCAUAAUACUGAUGGUACUGUUCACAUUCAACCCAAUGAAGAUUUUUCGUCAUGAAGCACGGUUCUGGGCUAUUAGGGUGCUGACACGAAUCAUACUGGCUCCAUUUUUCUAUGUGAACUUUGCUGAUUUCUGGUUGGCAGAUCAACUUAAUAGUCUUGUGGUAGUUUUCACUGAUCUGCAGUUCCUGAUUUGUUUCUAUGCCACUAAUAAGAACUGGAUGGUUGCUGAAGAUAGCCGCCAAUGUACUGACCUCCGUGGUUUCCUACGACCAAUGGUUGGGUGUCUCCCAGCUUGGUGGCGAUUUGCACAGUGCUUGCGCCGAUACAGGGACACCAAAGAGGCCUUCCCACAUCUAGUAAAUGCAGGAAAAUAUGCAACAUCAUUUUUUGUCAUCCUCUUUUCAGCACUUAAUAUUGCAAAUGAAAGUAAAUACACGUUUACUUCAGAAAAUCCAUAUUUUUAUUUGUGGGUGCUUUCAUAUAUCCUUAGCUCCUGCUAUGCAUAUACUUGGGAUAUAAAAAUGGAUUGGGGAUUGUUUGACAAGAAAGCAGGAGACAACAAAUACUUACGAGAAGAAAUUGUAUAUUCUUCAACUUGGUUCUAUUACUUUGCGAUUGUGGAAGACUUUAUCUUAAGAUUUGGCUGGGCCCUUUCAAUGUCUUUAACAGAAAUGGGAUAUGUGCAUUCAGAUCUAAUGGUAUCAGUUCUGUCACCACUUGAAGUUAUCAGGAGGUUUGUAUGGAACUUCUUUCGACUUGAGAAUGAGCAUUUGAACAACUGUGGUAAAUUCAGAGCUGUGAGGGAUAUAUCAGUUGCACCUAUGGAUUCAUCAGAUCAGACACAAAUAAUCAAAAUGAUGGAUGAAGAAAAUGGUGUUGUGAAUCGGCGCAAGAAGAAAUUGGAUGCUAGUAAGAAAAGAGAAGACCACCGCCUCCUUUUGGAAGGAGAAUCAACGGAUGAUCCAGAUAGCUGAGUUUUCCUACCAAAAGUUCUCUCUUUACUACACCAUACUUUGCUUCUCAUAUGAAGCAUCUGGCUACUGCUAGAAAGAGUAAACUUGGGUAAUUCAGUAUGGCAGUGAUAGAUGUUGAUGAUCUCACUUUCUUAAUGAGCCACAGACAACUCUUGGAUACAUUUUAUAGUACCUAAUGUAAGUUGAAGGUGGUCAAUGCUGUACUUUUGUGUAGAUAUUAUAAAAGAUCAUUGUCAGUGGUGCUGUAUAGCAUCAGACUUGGUUCAGGAGACCACCUUGUUGCAGGUUCUGGAAUGAAAGGAAGAUAGAGAAGCUAUAUUUAUUGUUACAUAGAUUUUUGUAUGCUCCAUUGUCUGUGAUGAUAAACUGAACAUUUAAAUCAGUACAAAUUAAGUUACUAUCCUUACUUUAGAAACUUUUGUGGGUAUGUGCAAAAUUUUAUUGAGUAUUACAUAAACAGUUUUGUACUGUAUCACUUAAUCUCACAGUAUUAUAUUGAUCUACAGACAGUGACUUUUAAUAUUUUUUUCAGAUUUUGCAUAGUUUUUGUUAUGCCCAACAGCAAAUAGUCUAGUACAAAUAAUAAGACUAAUUCCAGGGUAAACACUACACAAAUUUCUAGUAUCUUGUCUAUUUGAAUGCAUGUUGCACUAAAGGUAUUUGUGUAUAAUCAUUUUAAGUCAUGCUUUGUACCUAGCCUACAGGUUAUUCGAGACAUAUUUGGAUCAAUAAUUUUCAUUUAAAAAAAAAUGACAACAAAUAAUGCAUCUAUGUGUUGUAAAGUUUUAUGGAUGUUCAUUCUAGAUUAUUAUGGAAUCUCACAAGUGUGUGUGUGUGUGUGGGGGGGGGGGGGGGGGGGGGGGCAAAAGAGGAAAGGGGAGGAGAGAGAUAAAUACAGAAACAAUUUGAUCCAAAUCUGUGCAGUUUUAUUUGCUGAAAAGACGUGUAAAUUUGAUGGCUAGUGAAACUCUCUCCACAUGUCAGUCAUUCAAAAUGGCAAUAAUCUGACUACUUCUAUUGAAGUAAUGUGUAUAUGUAUGUUCUUUUUGAGAUAGUGCUCGACCAUUAUGAUGUUGAAUGGUAUGUAAAUGACA